GCAAUGAAUUACAUUAAAAAUGAUUUCAAAUUAACAUUUCACUACAAAUGUAAAAAGGACUGACCCAGCCAAAUAGUGUGUUCCAUUUAGAGCGGUCUUUGUAGUUGCAGUGCAAGAGUGGCAAAAAUAACUGGAUCAUGACUUCAAACUUAAUGAGAGGAACUGGGCGUGUGUGUAUGUGGCGUCUGUUCGGUCUCUGUGGGGCAUCGGGCUGAGAAAAACCCUAGACCAUUUCUGAAGAAUGCUGUGGAUUAGCAGUCGUCCAAAUUAUUAUUUUGAAAAAAACAUUUUUGAUGUUAAAGGAUUCACACAGAAUGUUUUUUGUUCCUUUAUGAGACAAACACUCUGAUUCAAACGGAGAGGUCUAAUUUGAUUAUCUCAAGGAUGACAAAAAUGAUUCUUCCAAAAUUGGACACUUGACAUUUUGUCUUAAAAUGAGAGAGGAUGGAUAGCACAACCAGCCCCAUGUCAGAAUCUAGUCUUACCAACGGAUUUGUCAAUAGUGUAUUCAAUGUCUCAGUUGACGAAGACACCAAAACUGACAUCUCAUGGAUUCCAGAGUCCAGUUCCUCAGACUCCAUUAUUCCCUGUCAGACCCUCAGAAGAGAAAAACAGGAACCUAACCGGCGCUCCAGGACCGCGGCCAUCUGGAGGAUCCUGAACCGCCGCAAGGCCACCUCUGACCUGGACAGGCGACCUCACUCAGUGAUCCUCCCAGGUGAAGCGUCCUUUCUCAAACUGUCAAUCACAAACAAAGUAAGGUCCUUCAAGAAAUUAAAGUCCCCAUCUGUUUUUAGAGGGAAAGCUGGUAAGAUUUCUGAUGCCAAUUUCGACAUUGACCUGAAAGAUGAGGUAGAUAAUGUUUAUAUGUGCAAGGACUCUCCUUCUUCAGAGUUCAAGCAUGUGUUUAAGAAUAAAGUCAAGAGACAUUCAUUUGCAGGACACACUGCAGAUUUCUACUGUUCAUUUGAGGACAUAGACGCAGCUGCAACCCCAGAGAAUGUCCACCAGGAGACCAAGGACACCGCUAGCAACCAAAAUGGGUGUAAGUUGUCAGAAAGAGUCAUGUAUACAAAGAAAUCUCAUCCCAACUUCUCAAACUGCAACAAUUCAUCUCUGAUGGAACAAGAAGCCUGCUUUGUGAAGCAAAGCCUCAAGAUACCUCAAAGAAAACGAUGGUCAAAGGGGGGUGAUGUUUUGAAUUACUUAAGAAGAAUUUCCCUCAAAGGAAAAGGAAGUCAGACAUUGGCAGAGAGUAGUUUUGAGUCAAUGAAUACCCUGGACAAAACCAUUGAUUCCGAUUAUGGCUCUGUCAGCUUUGAGCUGGUCAAAGAUUUGAACUCUGCACCUGAACAAACAGGCCUUGAUGGCAAAAGCAGCCAUUUUCGAGGCCUCCUCCGAUUUUUCAACACUGUGGCCGAGACAGCAAUGAAAUGGAGAAACUCAUCUCGUUCAUUCUCCCCCCCUGAAGGACAGCAGUCGCCUCUUAAUUUGAGAAAGACAGAUGAGUCAGAAGAGCUCAUCCACAAUAUGCCAAUCAGGAAUGAGCACAAAGCCGAUACCUCAGUUCACGGUAAAUCUAUGUUAUCUACUGACAUGUGCAAGGUGGUCUCAACUGUCAGUGACAAGGUGGAUUGCUCUCCUCCUGUGGUGCUGAAGGCCUGGAGAACAUGCCCAGACUCUCCAAGAGAUAGCAAUUCCCUGUGUAAUAACUCGGAUGAAUCCCAGUCUCAGCUCAGCUCGACUCACAUCUCUCUUGCCACCAUUGAGAGCCACCCAAAAUAUGAAGAACCAGAAACACCAAAAGAAAACUCUUUGAUCCCACAUCAAUUAUCUAGCAAACCUGUUGAUGAAAACCAAGAUAUUUGCACAGAUAGGAAAGAAAUAAGAAACUGCCCGGAGGACAUAUUCAAGACCCUCUCACGCCCUCCUGGCCAGUCACCUGCAGAUCCUCCACUUAAAGCUCUGCUUCAGCGGUGUUGCUCACUGCCGCUGCCAACCACUCUCUCUGCACUAGAGCCCAUUGCCCUGACACAUGUGCUUACUCCUCCAGUUAAGACAGUGGCUAAGUUAGGCAUUCUCCGUGUGAGGAACAGCAGCACAGGAUCCAACAGACGGAGGCUGUUUAGACCCGGAUCUGGACCACUGCAUGUCAACAUGUUGAUCAGCGGAGGUUCAGUGGUCAGCGCAGAGGCAGUAUGGGAUCACGUAACCAUGGCCGAGAGGGAGUUGGCGUUUAAGGCGGGAGAUGUCAUCAAAGUCCUGGAUGCCUCCAAUAAAGACUGGUGGUGGGGUCAAAUCGAUGACGAGGAGGGCUGGUUCCCCGCCAGCUUUGUGAGGGUUGAUCCCCACCCUCCUCAACCUUACACAAAACCAGUUUUCUAUAUCAACCCUAUAGCAACUCCAAGGUUCCAUAACACAACAGCAAAGCUAUGGGUUAACCAGGAAAAUGCAGCCACAGAAUCAACUGAGGGUGCCAGUGAGGUGCAGAAUGGACACACUGACCCGAGCAAUGGCUGUCUGUGCAUUGGCCAGCCACUUCAGAACCGAGAUCAGAUGAGGGCCAACGUUAUCAACGAGAUCAUGAGCACUGAGCGUCACUAUAUCAAACACCUGAAGGACAUAUGUGAGGGCUACUUGAGGCAGUGCAGAAAGAGGAUUGACAUGUUCAAUGAUGACCAACUGAAAGUGAUUUUUGGAAACAUUGAGGAUAUCUACAGAUUUCAAAUGGGAUUUGUGCGAGACUUGGAGAAACAGUACAACAUUGAGGAACCCCAUCUUAGUGAAAUUGGACCGUGUUUUCUGGAACAUCAAGAUGGUUUCUGGAUCUAUUCAGAGUAUUGCAACAACCACCUUGAUGCCUGCAUGGAGCUCUCCAAGCUGAUGAAGGAUGGGCGCUAUCAGCACUUUUUUGAAGCCUGUCGCCUCCUCCAGCAGAUGAUCGACAUCGCCAUUGAUGGCUUCCUCCUCACCCCUGUGCAGAAGAUCUGCAAGUACCCACUACAACUUGCAGAGUUACUCAAGUACACAGCACAGGAACAUAGUGAUUACCGCUAUGUGGCAGCAGCACUUGCAGUCAUGAGGAACGUCACCCAGCAAAUUAAUGAGCGAAAAAGAAGACUGGAGAACAUUGACAAGAUCGCCCAAUGGCAAGCCUCAGUGUUGGACUGGGAGGGUGAUGACAUUCUGGACAGAAGUUCAGAGCUGAUCUACACGGGUGAGAUGUCAUGGAUCUAUCAGCCUUAUGGCAGGAGUCAGCAGCGAGUCUUCUUCCUUUUUGAUCAUCAGCUGGUCUUGUGCAAAAAGGACCUGAUACGACGGGACAUACUUUACUACAAAGGACGUAUUGACAUGGAUAGAUAUACAGUGAGAGAUGCUAUUGAUGGACGGGACGAUGACUUUAACGUCAGUGUGAAAAAUGCUUUCAAGCUGCACAACAGAGACAGCGAAGAGAUUCACAUCUUUCUGGCCAAGAAACCAGAAGAGAAGAUUCGCUGGCUAAGGGCUUUCCAUGAGGAGCGCAAGAUGGUCCAAGAGGAUGAAAAAAUUGGUUUUGAAAUUUCUGAAUAUCAGAAACGACAAGCUGCCAUGACAGUGCGUAAAGUGACCAAACAGAAAGGUUUGAGCCAGAGCAGGCGUGUCUCCCUGUCGGACCCCUCGUCUCAUGGACCCUUCCUGCUCUCUGAUGACAUUCAACAGUCAGAUGUAGUCGAAUUCCAUGUUUCCAAAUCAGGACAAUCUCCAUUCUGGCAAAACUUUAAUAAGUUCACAUCGAAAAAAUGGGAAAAAAUAGUUAACUCUGUGUCUUAAUGCUCCCAGCAAUGAAGUUCAAUUUCAAAUGUAUUUAUUGACAGUAAAAAGACCAUGAACCUUCAUCUGAAGAUAACUGACUGACUGACAAUCAUGACCCUGUUAUAAUGAAACCUGUCAAGCGCCCAAACUAAGAUGUAUGCUGUAUCAUUCACCAUUACUGUAUCUUCACCAACUUCGCAUUGUGGUAUUUUGAAUACAAAAUUCAGCAGAAAUGAUCAGCAUACGGUGCUCUGUGUCCUGCUCUGUCAGUGACGGCCAUCAAAUUGAUAUUUGUUUUAAAGCUUGUUGAUCAAAGACAUUUGCACCAGUUUAACAUUGGCAUGAGGAUACUCACGUGUACUAUACAGUCCCAUUCAUAAGCAGGAUGUAAGAUUGUAAGAUUUACACAGAAUUAACAACCAAAUCACCUAAACAGGGUAUUGCUUUCUAAUUUACAACAGUGAUUUUGUCAAUCUGAGGAACGCAGAGAUUGACAAUAAGAUUAUUCUUAGUAUUAGUUAACAAGCAUUAUUCCAGAUUUGUGAAAGAGUCACAAUCUUGUAUCAUGCUCUCCUCAAUGAAUCUCACAUGUUGUAUGAUACUGACUGAACUCAUUUCAUAUGAUAUAGAUGUUUUUGUAUGUCUAUGAAAGGUAAAGUAGAUUUUUGAAUUUGCCUCCAAAGGGGGUUAUUUUUGAUUGUAUUAUAUAUUUACUCUGUAGUAAGCACACUGAAACCAUUCAUAUGUAUUGUAUUUGAGUUUUUUUUUAUUAUUAUUAUUAUUUGUUGUUGUUAAUUUGUAAUAGCUACUCUGAAUACUAUUUAUUAUCGUAGUUAAUGGCAAAUAUUAAGCAAGUUGUUUUUAUGCAUACAGUAAUGUGCAGAAGUCUUGGGCCAUAUAUAUAUAUAUAUAUAUAUAUAUAUAUAUAUAUAUAUAUAUAUAUAUUACCAUUCAAAAAUAAAGGUCAUUUAUUAACUUUAUGGAUAUGUUAUGUUUUCUUUGUCUAAUGCCAUGUCAUAAACCUAGCCAAAUGGCCUAAGAGUUGUGUACAGUGCUGUGCAUAGAGUGCACUACACAUUAUGUAUGCUUAUGAGAGGAAUGACUGUUUAUAGACUUCGACUGAAAUCCUUUGGCUCUCUGGCAAAUUUACAGUAAAUGAAUGUAAAUAAUGAGACAACAAAAUUCAGCAAAAUAACUGAACAGUUGUCUUGUAGUGCCACAGAACAGGAGUGUAUUAGCAUAGGAGUAUAUUGUCUCAUGGACAACCAGUACACACAAACCUUCAAUACUGAGGAGACACGGUAGACUGGCUUAAUUAAUAUGUCUGUGAAUUUUCGCAUAUGAUUUAGCAGUCAAGAAAAGUGUGACUGGCCUCUCCAUUUCUGAUAACAUUCAAUGCAAUGAGUUCAGUUUUCUUGCUUUGAAUUAAAGCUUUUUUAAAAGUGAUCUGAUCAGGCAAUGGCCCAUUUAAUGUUGUUUGUUGAGAAUGUGUCAAACAACCUUUUGUGUGAUUGAUUGCAAUGCCUUUACUUCACAUUUCUGUCUAUUACUGUAAAUGAAGACAACUGACAACAUGAAAUGAAAUAUUUGUUCAGCAUCUUUUCUGGAUUUUCAUCAGGUUUAAAGUCUAAUGUUCUAGAAGAAACCCUACUGAAAUUGAAAAAUAGCUUGUAACCACAUUAAUUUAUUGGUGAUUGGUGAAUUAACAGGCUACAUUUGGCACAAUGUAAAGCAGCCAAUAUAAGCAGAAAUUGUGAAAAUAGGUUUGUAUGAUAUGUGCUCAUAUCUAUAGAUACACCUGCACAGUUAUGUGAUUAAAUAAUAACUAUAUAACCUAUUGGUGUUCAGUAAUAAUGCACUUCCUUAUUUACUUUCUUAUGAAUGUUUAGUAUGAAUUUACAUAUUGUCAGCCGUAAUGAUGUGCUAUGUUUUAAAGUAAAGAAUGAGAAAUAAGUACAUUCUGUUCUGUUUUAAUUUUAAUGGCUUAACAAAUGUAAACAACUACUGUCAUGUUCAGUUCUAGUUUAGUUUUGUUUGCUUCUGUUUGUUUUGUUUGCUUCUGUCAGUUUAUCCUUUGUUCCAUGUUCCUGUUUGUCAUUAGUUACUAUGGUUAUUCAUUAUACUUAUGGUUAUUCAUUAUUAUUAGAUCACACCUGUUUGCAUUUGAGUUAAUUAUCUUGUGUAUAUAAGCCCUUCAGUUAAUUUAGUUCUUUGUUUGGUGAUGGUUGUCUUUUAGUACACACUUUUGCGAUGUAUACUCUCGUUGGAUUACUGCUUUUGUUUUGUUUUAUUAAAGAAAACUAUAUUGUUUGAACUAAA